UGUUAGCAUUGUAUUCAAUGUUGAAUUAUAACUUCUAAUUCUUCUUGUUUCAUCUGAAAUUUUAUGUACAAAGGAUUUCACGUGAUUUUAUUGGAUUUUUAAACUUCUUAAACAGAGGUGUUCAAUUGAAUUUCUAUGUUUAAAACGGAAAUAGCUUUAUAUGGUUGACUUGGAAAUUAAUUCUGAAGAAACAAUCCGAGAAGAUGAGAAAAGAAGUUUGUGUUGUAAAAUAAAAUGUGCCACACCUUUUUGCAGAAUGGAUAUGUUUUCUAUCAUCAAACAGUCGAUCUAUGCCGAGGAUACAAACCCUAUAACACGAUAUUUCCAAAUUGGGCGACAGGUAGGAAGCUGUGGCCCGGAGAUGAUAUGGAAAAUAUACGAAGCUAUAAGAAUCUCAGACCAAAAGGAGGCAUCAGUGUUCCUGUUUGAAAAGAAGAUCGCAGAUAAACUUCACAAGCCAAGACGGAAAGAGACAGUAUCAGAAAUUCUUCGGAAAGAAGUACAGCAUUUAGAAAGAAUUAAACAUCCUAGAAUAUUAAACAUAAUUCAUCCAUUAGAAGAGUGUGGUAGUAGCCUGGCGUUUGCUUCAGAACCUAUUUUUGCCAGUCUUGCCAAUUGUUUAGGAACUCAUGACAGACUGCCAGUGCCUGUGAUACAAGAACUGAAGGAUUACAAGUUUAUAUUCUACGAAAUUCAAUGUGGCAUUCUUCAGAUCACAGAAGCCUUAUCUUAUUUACAUAGUACAGAACAGUUAGUCCACAGAAAUGUAUGCCCUCAAAGCAUCGUGAUAACAACAAGGGGGACAUGGAAAAUAACGGGACUUGGAUUCAGCGAGAAAAUACGAGAAGGCAAGGAAUCGACAGCAUGUCAUCCGUGGAGUACUAAAUUUCCCAAAAUGGCACAACCAGACUUAAAUUACAUUGCACCAGAAAUACAAACUUGUAAAACGUGUAGUUAUUUUAGUGAUAUGUUUUCUCUCGGAAUUCUAAUAUGUACAAUAUAUACUGGUGGUAGCGCCGUGAUAGAUGCCGGGUACAAUGGUCAGCAGUACCUAAAACAACUAGAUCAAUUAACACAACGUUUUGGUGAUAUAGCUCAUCAAAUGCCUCUGUUGUUAGUUGAACCAGUGGAGAAAAUGAUCAAUAAGGACAUCAGAUAUCGCCCAACUGCUCAACUCUUCUCAUUGAUAAAAUUCUUCAAUGAGCCUGUUGUUUGUACUCUGCAACUGUUAGACACAUUAGAACAGAAAGACCCUUUUCUUAGAGCGGAAGUCCAUUGUCAACUUGCACAGGUGCUUCCAGACAUCCCCAAGAAAAUUUUAUACCGAAAUGUGUUUCCUAUAUUAUGCCUUGAGUGUUCUAUGGCAGACUCUGUUACCAGUGCUUUAAUACCUUUCAUCGCCAUGAUUGAUAAUGCUUCCAAAGACGAGUAUUGUGGUCACAUAUUGACUGUGUUCAGAGAUGUUAUCAAUAUGCCUAAACCUGUGCAGGCUACUGUUAAUAUUCUUAAUCGAUUAGAUAUAAUCUUAAAUAAAAGUCCUAUUGAGGAAAUCCGAUCAGAGAUUAUUCCGUUAGUGUUUAACUGUCUGGAAUCAACGUCUAUACAAGCACAGGAAGCAGCAUUAAACGCUAUAGGUAUGGUUAAAGAAUACCUCGAUGACAGCUUUAUGAAGAUGUUGGUUUUACCAAGAGCUAAAGCUUUGUUUUACAAGGCAACUAAUGUUAGGGUGAAGAUAAAUGCACUGUCUUGUAUAGACCAUGUUUUAGACAGCUUGGACAAGAUGACAAUUUUAGAUGAAGUUUUACCUUUGUUGACUGAGAGUCAGUGCCAGGAUGCUAGUAUUGUUAUCACAAUUGUCGGUAUUUAUAAGCACCUGUUGAGUGACAGAAAGUUUGGAUUAACACAUAACCUGAUAGCAACUAAAGUGAUGCCACCAUUAAUUCCACAAACUGUCAAUCCAGGUCUAACAAUGGAACAGUUUAGUGCUUUAAUGGAAGUGUUACGGGAAAUGCUAGAACAGAUAGAUCGGGAAAGAAGGAAUAAAAUGAAACAAGAAUCGGGGUCGCCCCCGACACAAAGGGGGUCUUUGAAUAUGCAAAAUGGCAAAUCAAAGGACGAUAAAUCAGCGUCACUCGGUAAAAGCUUUUUGUCUGUGGAUGGAGCAGUACCGACUGGCAUACAGAAAAGUAGAACAGGGUCUUUACAACUACCCCUUCCGCCAACAAUCAACAUACAAGUGCCAUCAGUACCCAGCAGUCCAAAUCUCAGUGGAAAAUUAUUGGAUGAAAAACAGUUGUCGGUUAUAGAUACAUCAGAACAGCAGCGGAAGUUUAGUCUGAUUCCUCCAGUUGGUGCUACUCCUGGUAUCAGUCUAAUUGCCGAUGAAAGUCCCUGCUCUGACCGCCCUCGCCGUCCAAGUACACAAAGUUUGGGACAGUAUUCAUUUCCAGUAAGUUGGUUCUAUGAUGCCCGACGAGGAUCUUAUGAAUCACGGCAAUCGUCUGAUAAAUCCCGACGCCCUAGUACGCACAGCGUGGGUAUAUUACCCAUAUCCAUGUUCGGGGAAGGUGGACAAAAAGAGAGAAAACCUAGCACACAUAGUCUUGGAAUAAUGCCAAUAGGUGGUAUUGAUGACGAUCACUUUUUCAUCGAUUGCAGACAUCGACGCCCAAGCGCAGGGCCAUUCAUCACGCCCGAAUUUGAUAGAAGAGGAAGCAAAAAUAGCUUGUUCGGAAUGGGUGAUGCUAUGAAAGGCGGUCAGCGUCGAGCAAGCUUUCAAGCAUUGGGUGAAAGCGUUAUGCACUUUUUCUCCAGUAAAUAGACAAUUUAAACUUUGAUGAAAGAUGAAAUGUGAUGGUGCUAUUAUAUUGCCUUUACUAUUGUUUACCCUUUGAUCAGCACUAUCAGAUUCUGUUUGAUGAGACUUAAUGAAUGUUGAUUGGAAGUGAUAUGUUUUAUACUAAUGUGGCUUGUCAGUGUUGUUGUUUUCUCGUGUAAACAAUCUACUAUCUAUAUAUAUAUUUAAAACA